GUGCGGGGGAGCGAGGGGGAAGCGGCGAGAGAGGUCGGCUGGUGAGAGGCGGCGGCGGCCGGCAGCUGUUCUCCGGCGGGAGCUGCGCCCAAGCCCCAAGCCGCGCUCCCCACCACCUCCCCGCACUCCUCAGCGACUCCUGGGGCGCGCGGCCGGCGGGGCCGGGCGGGACCGGGCAGGACCAGGCCGGGGUCUCCGAAGGCCGCUGGCUGAGGCGGCGGCGGCGCGGGGCUCGGUCCUCGGCGGGGGCGGGGCGGGGGCGGGGCGGGAGGGGGAGGGGAGCGCGCCGCCAUGGACGACAAGACGUUCACCAAGGAGCUGGACCAGUGGGUCGAGCAGCUAAACGAGUGUAAACAGCUGAAUGAGAACCAAGUGCGGACUCUGUGCGAAAAGGCUAAAGAAAUUUUAACAAAAGAAUCAAAUGUGCAAGAGGUUCGUUGUCCGGUUACCGUCUGUGGAGAUGUACAUGGCCAAUUUCAUGACCUUAUGGAACUCUUUAGAAUUGGUGGAAAAUCACCAGAUACAAACUAUCUAUUCAUGGGCGACUAUGUAGACAGAGGUUAUUAUUCUGUGGAGACUGUGACUCUUCUUGUAGCAUUAAAGGUGCGUUAUCCAGAACGCAUUACCAUACUGAGAGGAAAUCAUGAAAGCCGACAGAUUACCCAAGUAUAUGGUUUUUAUGAUGAAUGUCUACGAAAAUACGGAAAUGCCAAUGUUUGGAAAUAUUUUACAGAUCUCUUUGAUUAUCUUCCACUUACAGCUUUAGUAGAUGGACAGAUAUUCUGCCUCCAUGGUGGCCUCUCUCCAUCCAUAGAUACACUGGAUCAUAUAAGAGCCCUGGAUCGUUUACAAGAAGUUCCACAUGAGGGCCCAAUGUGUGAUCUCUUAUGGUCAGAUCCAGACGACCGUGGUGGAUGGGGUAUUUCACCACGUGGUGCUGGCUACACAUUUGGACAAGAUAUUUCUGAAACGUUUAACCAUGCCAAUGGUCUCACACUGGUUUCUCGUGCCCACCAGCUUGUAAUGGAGGGAUACAAUUGGUGCCAUGAUCGGAAUGUGGUUACCAUAUUCAGUGCACCCAAUUACUGUUACCGUUGUGGAAACCAGGCAGCUAUCAUGGAAUUGGAUGAUACCUUGAAAUAUUCUUUUCUUCAGUUUGACCCAGCACCUCGCCGUGGAGAACCUCAUGUUACUCGGCGCACCCCAGACUACUUCCUGUAAAUGCCUCCUGGGAAAAACUGCCUUUGUAUGUGAAAGUAUACCUGGCUUUUUAAAAUAUAUAUAUAUACAUAUAUAUAUUUAAAAAUUUAAAAAUGCAACAGUAAUCUAUGUUUCUGUAACAAAUUGUGUGAUCUGUCUUGGCAUUAAAACACAUCAUGGACCAAAACGUGCCAUACUGAUGAUGAGCACUUAGCACAAUCUGAGACUGAAAUUUGGUACACUGUGUUCUACAUCGGUCAUUCUGACAGUUUGCCUGCUGUGUUUGUAGUAACUAUUUUCCUCGGGACUGUUCCAGCAACAAAGGUAACUAACUGCUUUAUUUUCUUUUGUGCUCAUUUGGAAAUUUUAGUUAUAGUGUUUAACGAGCAUGGAUUAAUACGGUUGAAAUUUUAUUUUUAAGAAAAAUUCACAAACUGACUUCCAGUUAAUCCAUUAUCCUUUAUUUUAUUAAAAUGUAUGAUUAACUGAAGAAAAGAUUCUUCCUGGGAGUAUGUUGUCAUAACAUUAAAGAGAUUGCCCUUCAUUUACAUACUGUUUUAUGUUGAUCUGCAUAUUUCUGUAUAUUUGUCAUGACAGUGCUUGCAUCUUAUUUGGUGUACUGAGCGAAUAAACUUUUCAUUUUAAACAAAAAA